AUGCGGACGGGGGAAGAUGGCGGCGGCGUCGUCGAACAACCCGCGGAAAUUCAGCGAGAAGAUCGCGCUGCACAACCAGAAGCAGGCCGAGGAGACGGCGGCUUUCGAGGAGGUCAUGAAAGACCUCAGCCUGACGCGCGCCCACCGGUUACAGCUACAGAAAACCCAGUAUUUGCAGUUGGGGCAGAGCCGUGGCCAGUACUAUGGAGGAUCCUUGCCAAACGUCAAUCAGAUUGGCAGCAGUGCGAUGGACAUGCCCUUCCAGACUCCCUUUCAGCCAUCUGGGUUGGACACCAGUAGGACAACACGACACCAUGGGCUGGUAGACAGGGUAUAUCGUGACAGGAAUCGCCUUGGCUCACCGCAUCGGCGCCCUCUCUCCGUGGAUAAGCAUGGCAGACAGGUGGACAGCUGUCCAUAUGGUACUGUCUACCUGUCUCCUCCUUCAGAUACAAGCUGGAGAAGGACCAAUUCUGAUUCUGCCCUGCACCAGAGCACAAUGGCCCCCACUCAGACAGAGCCUUUCUCAGCUGGGUCACAGGAUAUGCAGCAAAAAAGAGUCUUAUUACUGACGGUUCCAGGCAUGGAGGAAGAUCCAUCAGAGACAGAGAAAAACCUUUCAAAACAAGGAUGGGAUACUAAGAAGACAGGAUCCUCAAGGCCUAAAUCUUGUGAAGUUCCGGGAAUCAACAUAUUUCCAUCAGCUGACCAAGAAAACACUACUGCCCUUAUCCCUGCGGCUCACAACACAGGGGGCUCACUGCCAGACCUGACAAAUAUCCACUUCCCUUCUCCUCUCCCGACACCGCUAGACCCAGAAGAGUCCACUUUCCCUUCCUUGAGCAGUUCCAACAGCACCGGGAACCUCACUGCCAAUCUGACGCACAUGGGGAUCAGCACAGCCAAUCAGGGAAUGACAACAACGUCAUCUUCUUCCCAGCAACACCGGCAGCCAACCGUCAGUCCCCUCUCACUGAAUACAGAUUCCAGGAGAAGCCAAUCCCAACAAAUGUCUCCUACGCUUUCACCCCUUUCACCGAUUACUCAGGCUGUGGCGUUGGACGCGCUCUCCAUGGAACAGCAGCUUCCCCCCUACCCGUUCUUCACACAGACAAGCGCGCAGCAGCAGCAGUCACAGACCCAAGUGGCAAGUGCUUUACCACCCAACGCUUCUCUGAUGCAGACCUCCGGCUUGCAGCGGGGCGUUCAGCUGCCCCCACUCUCGGUCUCUAUCCCUUCCACAAUCCCACAGUCUCCUCCAGGCAGCCAAACCCAGACUUCCAUGGGGAUAGACAUCAAUUCAGGCUCACUCCAGCAGUACCGCAGCAAUGCUGGCUCCCCAGCCAACCAGUCUCCCACUUCUCCUGUCUCCAAUCAAGCUUUCUCUCCUGGCAGCUCCCCUCAACAAACGUCUAUCCUAGGGAGUGUCUUUGGCGACUCUUGUUACGAUCAGCAGAUGACUGCCAGACAAGCAAAUGCUUUAUCCCAUCAGGAUUCCUUCCUUCAGCUCGAGCAGUUCAACAUGAUUGAAAACGCCAUCAGCUCCAAUAGCUUGUACAGCCCCUGCUCUACCCUCAACUACUCCCAGGCAGCCAUGAUGGGGCUGACCGGGAGCCACGGGAGUCUCCAGGACCCACAUCAGCUCAGUUACACCAGCCAUGGGAACAUCCCAAACAUCAUCCUUACAGUGACCGGGGAAUCGCCUCCCAGUCUGUCGAAAGAUCUCACCAGCUCUUUGGCCGGGGUGGGGGAUGUCGGCUUUGACUCAGAUUCCCAGUUCCCUCUGGACGAACUAAAAAUCGACCCCUUGACCUUGGAUGGGCUUCACAUGCUCAACGACCCUGACAUGGUCCUUGCGGAUGCCGCCACAGAGGACACUUUCCGGAUGGACCGGCUGUAGUGGGGGGUGGGGGGUGGGGGUGGAGAACGGAAAGGGCGUGUGUGCCGCGCAGUCCAAAGGAGCACCUCCAAAUCACCAAGUCCCGGAACGUCCACGCCACUCUGGUGCUUGGAGGGAGAUCAGGCCGAGCCCAUCUCGGAUCUCUUGCAUCCCAUCAGGGUCCCCGGAGAGCCGCGGCUCCACAGUGUGUCCAAUUUAGCGAUCGCUCGUUCUACAACUUGCCCGGCAGCCGUCCUGCUCGCCUCUCCUCCCCCAGCACCAACUUAAAAGGUUCAUGCCUUGCUGUUGGGAGAACGUUCCUCAAAAGAGCCGUCUCUUCUACCCCAGGCCUCCCCCUCCCCCUUACCUCCCCCUCCCUCUGUCACCAAAGUUCCAGCAUUUUUGGUCCUCUUUCUUCGUCCUUCGCCCUAAAAGCUUUGGGCUUUGUGUUCUUCGGGAAGUGGCGUGGCAGCGAAAGUUAUAUUUCCCCCACUCCUCCUCCUCCUCCUCCUCUUUCCAAGGCAGAGGAGCUCUUCAGAAGAUAAAAUAGGUGUAUCGUUUUGUUUUCCUGUGUACGUAAACUAUCCGACCUUUGGCUUCUGUUACAAAAAAACAGACAUCCCGCAUGGAGCUGAAAGCUUCCCCCCCCCCACCCUCCGGGGGAGUUGGGGUGGACCGUUCAAUGAAAAUGGGGAGGCGGGGGUUGGGGGCGGGGAGAAAGAGGAGGACAUGAUUUCUAAAGCUGCUUUGUGAAUACCACUGCCUUUCCAGGGAGAAGGACUGGACUUGGAGAGGUGGAGGAAAGCCCGCUGUGGCUCUCCGAAUAAAACUCCAUAAAGCCGCCGCUUGCAUUGGGGGGGUGGGGGUGGAUGGGGUUGUUGAGGAAGAGUGGCUUGCAAUUUCUCCGCUUGAUUCUCCGAUCCUUGACUGUUUUCUGGAAUCCCAUCAUGGCCUGUUAGCUCAUUUGCCUGUGUGCAUGCAGCAGCUUUCAGAAACAGCUGUCUGACCGCCACCUCUCCCCCCCCCGCCCCUCCUCCCCCCCCGUUUGGGAGAUCUAGUUGCAUGAGACACAUAAUUCCUCUCGGCAAACUGACCGUGUAAAAACUGUUUCUGUUUUAUUUUUUUCCUUCUUAUUUUUUUUUUUAUCGUUGUUGUUGUUCCUUCAAAGAAUUUUCAGGGAGAGGCAAGGCAAGCCAAGGGAGGAAAAGGAGGCACAAACAUUUUCCUAAUUAUACAUGGAGAUUCUGCAAUUUGUCUGAAGGAAUGAGAUCUGGGUCGCCUCCUGCAGGUCGUUUUUUUUUUUUUUUUAAAUAACUUUGUCUAAGGCAGUGUUUCUCAA